GAGUAGCUGUCCUCUUCUAUCAUCUAUCACCUUUAUUUUUAAUUUUAUCAAUUUAUUUUACACCUAAAGGGCUUUUCAAUAGCAUCAAUCUCAUGAUAAUAUAGUCAUGCAUAAUAUCGUCAAGUAGGACAAGAAAGAGACGACACAAAUUAGGAUGAGGUAGGCUGGACCAUAUACCAGUAGGCUGGACUAACUGUCCAGUUUUCGGGUUUAUUUAAGUCAAGGAAGUCAGAAAUGACAGGCCAAAAGCUGUCAAAGUUUUAGUGUCUUCCGAGUAAAGAAAGGCCUCAAACUCUCGAAGAAUAAGAAGAUACUUUCUAUAGGGACUGACAUCUCACCAAAUCGUAGAAUAUUAGCAGGGCAUUUAGUAACUUCCUCGAAAAAAAAGGCCUCUAGCAUGAAGCAUACGACCAUUUUUAUUUUUAUUUCGGACGGGAUUUUUAUUCGAAAGGACGGCCAAACCGUAUAACCUAAGCCCGUAUAAACCUACGUAAAAGUGUAAGCCUUCCACCAUGUCCCGAAUAAAUGUGUCUAUUUCAGAUAUUGAUUUCAAAAUCGGCAAAUCUCAUGUACACAACUGUUUCAACAACUUUGUAAAUGCUACUUCCGCUAACACUGUUUCUUAUCGCUUAUCGCAAACUUUAACCAACACCGACAUCAAACGUAGUUCCCCUCACCGGUUAACGCACACACAAGCGCCGGUCGUAUCGGUCACUCACCGGCCCGGCCGAGGUUCUCUUCCCGCAUCAAGGUAGCAGCACUACAUGUAAGGGAUAUUUAUGUACCCAUCCAUCGUAUCCGGGACGCGGCGGGACCAUGGGUCAGUGGUGCCCGGAGGUGAUGGGGACGAACGGGUGCGAUGUUUGUUGUCACAGUUUCCUUCGGUCGCUUAUCGCAGACCCACUCGAUUAGAUGCCGUACAGGAACGGGUGGCCCACACUCCCGCCCAUUCGGGCCCCACAUUAGUCACCGUUAGCUGCCAUCGCUGACACCGCUGCAAAGCGCGCACGAAUGUUGGUGCGAUCACGGGAGCCGUCGAAGACACCCCCCGACACUGUACGGCCCUCCGCCCUCUCCCUCCAAUAUGACGAUUUCUCUUCACAGACACACAGCAGCGGGGAAGAUAAGCGAAAAUAAUGCCCAGCAGGAAGUAUCGGGGCUCGGUGGUAGUCGUCGGGGUUUCGGUCAGUGUUGGGCAGCCGUCGAUUGCGGGUAGAUGGGUGACUACCACUUAAGGCUUAGCGUUUCAAUGUUGCAUUUCGUGAUGCUGCGAUAGUGCUUGCUGGCUGGAUGCACUUUAGCGGACUUACCGUCAUCUGCCGACUCACGCCUCGAUAGGCAGUUCCUUUCGUGUGGAGCAUCCUUCGAUCGGAUCGAUCCGAAAGGCCGCUCGCUUGCUUAGUUUACGCGUGCCUUGUAUGCGUGUGCGUGUGUGUGUGUGUCUUGGUGAAUAAAUAAAUGCUCUGCGGUACGGUGCGCUGUGUGAAGUGCGAACCUUCGCGUUGUGAUUUUAACGUACCGGACACUCGCUAGGGUGCGAUACCUGUGACGGGACAGACACGAGGUGAGCCCGUGUUGUUCCGCUAACCUACACGAGAACAUGGCCACACCAAUAUUCAACAUCGUCGUGGUGGGCGAUGGUGCGGUCGGCAAGACCUGCCUGCUACACGCCUACACGGACAAGUCGUUCAAAAACUUCUACGAACCUACGAUAUACGAUAAGGAAUCAAUUGAAAUGAUACUCGACGGGCAGAAGUACACCAUACAGCUGCACGAUACGGCCGGCCAGGAAGAGUACGACAAAAUCAGGCAACAGUUUUACAAGCGGGCCCAUUGCUUCCUCCUAUGCUACAGUAUAGACAACAGAGUUUCGUUCGAGAAUGUGUCCACAAAAUGGAUUCCCGAGAUCAAAACCGAUCCACCGGUUCCGAUUGUUCUGCUGGGCACCAAGCUGGACAAUCGAAAAGGAAGCAAUAAUGAAGUGUCCACAGGCGAGGGCGAACGACUAAAACGCUCCAUCAAUGCAAACUCGUUCGUGGAAUGCUCGGCGAAGGAUUAUCGUAAUGUGGAGCUAGCAAUCGAGGAAGGAGUGCGAGCUUGUCUGAUGGGUGUACCGGAACCGGAACCAGAUGAUAGUUGGGAUUGUCUGAGGAGCUGCAGCUGUUUUGAGUGAUUGGUAAAGUUAAGAAUGCGGUAGGGAUUAGUGCUGAGGGGGCUGCAGAUAAGAAUCCUGAUGGUAUCGUGCCAAUGAAUCCGGACGUUUACGAAUACAGGAUUACAAAUUUAAAACAUUGCUUAAUCAAACACUAGUAGAGGUUUAUCGACAUCGUUAGAACCUACUUUAGAUAUUCUACUUUUCUUCUUUUUUUAUAAGGCUUUCCCUGGAGAGUACGAUUUCAAGAUGAAUAUCACCUAGGUACAAUUGUACUUUGUUUCCAGAAUCGCACAUUACAGUUAGCGAAACUAAGGGCAGGCCGUUCCCCAUGAAUAAAACUAAUAAAUUAAAAAAAGACUAUAAUGUUCUAAAG